UUAACGCUUGCCUUUGUAUUUUGAUUCAGCUCUUGUUCUCGUGUGGUGGUGGCGUCGAAUUUUAUUUAGUGGUUUUUUAGAUUUUCCUUUAAAAAUGCUUGGAAUACAAAACUAUGGUAGUUCUUCUGAAGAAGAACAUUCAGAGAAUGAGGAGAUUCCAAAAGCUGACGGAGAAAAGAGCACAACAGAAGCAACAAAAAGAAAAGAAGAAAUGCCAGACUACCUCAAGCCCGUCGAUCCGAAACUUUCGGUGGCUAAAUCAUUGGCCGUAUGUGCAGCUCCAGAAGUUGUACCGAUGGGCUCAGCUGCUGUUCAACGUACCAUAGAUCCAACACUCAAGGAAGUUGAAUACAAUCCACGUUAUGAAGAGCUGUUUGCCCCGGUGAAAGGACCAGAAAAUCCUGACUUGACACAGCAAAUGAAAGCGGCACGAAAUACAUUGGCCGGUUAUGUAGAGAAAGCUCACAUCAACGCAUUCGAGUUUGAAAAUCAACGUAGAACAUUUCACACAUAUGGCUAUGCCUUAGAUCCGUCCGUGGAUGAAGAGGCCGAUGGCCGUUCAUUUGUUGGCGACUUACAAUCGGCCUAUGAUGACGAUGGCAAAACAGUGUUUGAGGCACCCAAGCCAAAGAAGAAACGAAAACAGGAGAAAAAUGACAAUCCGGAAGAUAUUGAGGGAUUUCUCGGGCCAUGGGGACAGUAUAAAGAUGAACAGCGGGUGGCUAAGCCAAAUGAACAAGAAAAAGCUGAAUUGGAAGAGAUCUUGUCGAAGAGGCAUCGCCGCAAUAGAAUACCAGAAGACAAGCCAUUGGAAGAGAAAUCAAUAUUACACAUUAAAGAUGCAUAUGAUUAUCAGGGGCGUUCAUAUCUUCACGCACCUCAUGAUCUUGAUGUAAAUCUAAGAACCGGAGCUCCACCGACCAAAUGUUUCCUACCCAAAGCGCACAUACAUACCUGGACGGGUCAUACCAAAGGCAUAUCAGCCAUACGUUGGUUUCCACGAACAGCACAUUUACUAUUGUCCGGUUCAAUGGAUUGUCGUGUCAAAUUAUGGGAAGUCUAUGGUGAACGUAGAUGUAUACGCACAUUUAAUGGUCAUCGACAGGCUAUAAAAGAUAUUGCUUGGAAUAAUAAGGGUACCAAAUUUCUAUCGGCCUCAUAUGAUCGUUACAUUAAGCUAUGGGAUGCCGAAACGGGAGAGGUGGUUUCACGUUUUACAGCUCGCAAAAUGCCAUUCUGUGUCAAGUUUCACCCGGACAAUAAUAAACAGCAUUUGUUUGUUGCUGGUACAUCGGAUAAGAAAAUUAUUUGUUGGGAUACUCGAAGUGGAGACAUUGUCCAAGAAUACGACCGGCAUUUGGGUGCGGUCAACACUAUUACAUUCGUUGAUGAAAAUCGACGUUUCGUCACUACCUCCGAUGAUAAGUCUAUGCGCAUUUGGGAAUGGGAUAUUCCUGUCGAUAUGAAAUAUAUUGCUGAUCCUACUAUGCAUUCCAUGCCAGCCGUCACCCUAGCUCCAAAUGGCAAAUGGUUAGCAUGUCAGAGUUUGGAUAAUAAAAUUGUAAUAUUCUCUGCGCUGAAUCGUUUUAAGAUGAAUCGCAAAAAAUCUUUUACUGGCCAUAUGGUAUCUGGUUAUGCCUGUCAAUUGGAUUUCUCACCAGAUAUGAGUUAUUUGGUGUCUGGAGAUGGUGAUGGUAAAUGUUAUAUAUGGGAUUGGAAGACAUCGAAAAUGUAUAAAAAAUGGCAAGCACAUGAGGGGGUUUGCAUCAGUACACUGUGGCAUCCACACGAGGCGAGUAAAGUUGUGACGGCCGGUUGGGAUGGUCUAAUUAAGUUUUGGGAUUGAAUUAAUUUCAAUUCGUUGGAUGUGUUGUGUUUUGAAGUAAACAUACUAAUAGAGAUAAUAGUUUUAUUCUAAUUUUCUAUAUAUCAAAAUUAUGUUAUGUUAUAUUUUUAAGUUUAAGUUGACCACAUGAUGAGAAUAAAUGAAAUGUGUAUAAAUAAUAAAUAAA